AUGGAGGCCGCGAAGGAAGGCGUGAAGGAAGGCGCAAAGGCGCGUCCAGCCAGUUCUUCCUCAGCUGGCAUCAAGAACCUCGCAAUCAACGGAAGCCACGACCGCAAACCACUCUUUCCACGGCACCAGUCCACCAUCUCGGCCGACCACGCCCACUCCCCUUCGAAACAGCCCGCGCUGAGCCGACGCGCUAGCAGCGCGAGCGCCUCCAAGCUCCCCACGAGUACCUUGUCGCAGGGCACGCGCAAGCCACUCUCCCUGACGGAAGCUAUGCGCCUCGCGGAGAAGGAGGAGGGCCUGCACGCAGACCACACCGACGAGUCCCAGCCCAUCGAUGCCUCGCCGAGUCCUGCGCCCCGCCCAUGGCGUGAAAAGAAGGACAGCGUGGAGCCGAUCCCUAUGAAGAAGGACGGCGUGAAGCGCACCGAGCCCAUCAAGAGUGCCGGCAGCGACGGCGCGAACUGGCGCGAAAAGUCGGACUGGAGAAGCAAGAAACCCGAGAGUCACGAGAGCACCAAUGGCGACGCGCAACUUCCCGACCUCGUUCCUGGAAUUGAGGAUGUCCCGCUGCCAUCCGUCGAGAAGGACCCUGCCUCGGACUUGCGCAAGACCGUGGGACCGCCCAAAAGCUUUGCGCCAAAGGCUCAGUCGCCAGACAAGGUCUUCACCUGGCAGAUUGACGACGACUUCACGGCCGGCGAUAUCCAGGUGUCCGAUAGUCCGAGGCUCAAGGCAAAUGGCAACCGGCCAUUUGCAGAUCGCUUAAAGUUUGACGAGAACAGCGAAGUGGAUAUUCAUUCAAAAACCCGCGUCAACAACCCAGGAUCCCAGAACACAAGACUCGAUGAGAUUCACUCCAGGGAGGUCAAAGCUGGCAACAACAUCCCGCUCGAGCGCCCAGCCGACCAGCAGAACACAAAGCUCGACGACAUCAAAGCACGCGAGGCCGAUGCAGAGGCAAAGAUACCUAUACCGAACCGACACUUGUCGUCGCCUCCAACCAACACCAAGCUCGACGACAUUCGGCAACGGGAAACAGCAGGCUUGUCUAAGCGGCAGCUCGCGUCGGCCCGACUGGAAGAGAUUCGGGAGAAGAAUGCAGCAUCGCGGUCCAAAUCACCCGAAGAAAUCCAGCCGAUCGUCAAGGGACAUCGGGCUAGUCCGUCUCUCACGCAGAAGCCCAUUUGGUACCGACCAGGCGGCGGCGCCGUGGCCGCUGUGCCGGACACCCCUCCGUCGACCUACAAGACGCGCCGCGAGAGAAUGGCUGAGGAGCGCGCAGCCAGCGCUGCUAGCGGCGGGAGCCCUAAUACGUCCCCGUCUGACAAGGCAGCCGAAGAGUCGCAACCCGCGAUUCCACGCCCUACGGUGUCGCACCGUCGCGCGGACUCGAAAGAUCUGCUGCGGCAGGUCAUCCGGGGCUCGAGCGAGAGUCCCGCGUCCGAUUCACAGACCACCAAAAAGGUCGGACGGAAGAGCGACAAAACAUCCGGCGAGGGCUCACCUGCCCGAGGCUCGCCCCGAAGAGCAGCAACCACGAGCAGCGCUGCCGCCCGGCGACGCGCGACCACUAAGAAUGGUGCAAGACCCAGUACGGGAAUUGCCGGACUGAGGAGGAUCAUGUCCUCAGAAUCAUCAUCGGGGAGUAAGAGAUCCAGUGUACAUUCUGAGACUGAUCCGACUGAUCGCAUCGAAGGGGAGAUGAGUCUGUUUGCGCCUAGAGACGACUAUUCGGAACGAGGCUCGGUGCGGGCAGCGUCACCAUCCUCAGAACCUAAGCGGUCGGAGGAUGUGGACUCAACGCCCAAGGCGCCCGUGAAGCAUCAGGAUGUGCUCAGCAUGCCCACGCCCAAGGUGUCCGGAGCUUACGUCGAGACCCCGGCGACGAUCAGGAAGCUUGACUUUGGGGGGAAAUUGGACGAUCAAGAUGACGCGAAAUCCACCAGCAGUGAGCCGCUGAGGGCGCGCGACAACGGUACGGCGUCUGAUCUAGGCGCAGAUGAGAAGCGCCGCCGAAGCCGAUCCACAUCAUCUUCGAGACGACCCCGUGCGCGAUCUCUGCCGCGGAACAAGCGAUCGCUCAAGAACACUGCAGUCCUUCCCUCCGUCAAGGCAGACCUCGCUGAGAUUAAGAACAUGUUCAAUCUCGAAGAUUCCACCGUGGACGACUUUGAAGAGGUCCUUGCUGGUACCAAAACAGCCUCACCCGAAAUCACGGACCUACUUGCGAAGCUUCCAGAGAAAGCUCCCGUCAACGACAGCUUUGACAUCGAGCUCGAUGCUAUGAAGGAGCGCGACGGCAAGAUCAAGCGCAGGAUGAGCGAUCCGUCCCCCCAAAAGCCCGACCGCAUCUCCAAGACAGUCGUCAAGCAGGAGGACGAUGACAAUACCCUCACUCUGACGGAGCGCAUGGUCGGCAAGCUUGGACGGUCCUUGGCGGGUGUGAGGACAUCCCAGCAAGGCAUUGGCCGUCUGGCCGAUGGCUUCUCCAAGACUUCCGCCAACAGGCCCUCUGCGGUUCACAAGGGAACAGAGGAACCUGCCACAGAGAAGGUGUAUAUUCACGUCAAAGACACCGACUCCGCCGGCUACCUCCGAAUUCCCAUCCCCAAGCUCUAUACCACAGAAACCGGUCUCCGCCUAACACCCCUCGGCAUCCUGACAAUAGUCUUCGGGCUGUGGUACCUGUUUGAGAGCAUCAUGUGUGGCCUGUACUGCCAGCCGACGAGCUGCUCCUCAGAGAUGCCGUGCAAGUGGUCGCACGAUGAUCCGACAUUUGGCCAGGCCAUCCCCGUCAAGCUCGACCAGUGGGCGACGGGUGGUGCGGGUCGCUCCGCUCUCAACGCUGCCGGCCGGGACCUCGCAGACGCUAUCCUCGACAUCACCGAUUCCGUGCAGGGCACCGACAUUCGUGACGUUGACGUGCAGUCGCUGACCUUUGAGGGCCGCAGGAGGCACCGACGGCGCAUGAUGAAGAAGGGCUACCUGAAGCGAGACGAGGAUGUCGACUGGGAGACGAGGAGGAAGUGGGAUGCCUGGCACCGCGCCAGAAUGGAGAAGGAGGGUCGCGUCGCGGCUGGCGAGGCCGAGGUGAAGAGCGUCGGGGAAGAUAUGCCUAUUUUCUAG